UGUACACACAUUGUGCACAUUUUGUACAUCCGUAAAUUUUGUACUUAAACCUGGUGAGAAAAGUAACAAGGCUCUGAAUCAGUACAGCUUAAUAUGAAAGUUUGGAUUUUAAACUUUAAGACACAGUACAACAUGGCUAGGAAGUGGCCAGACCUGCUGAUUUUCCUUCUCAUCAUCCUGAAGGAGCCCAACAUGCCAGAAGCGUAUGAUUACUGUGGCUGUUCAUCCACUUCAUCCUGUACCUGUGUCGGCCUGGGCCUCACCAGCAUCCCUCAGAACCUACAACCUUCUAUCAACAGUCUGGACUUGACAAACAAUUGGAUCACAACUUUGAGUCAGCCACAGUUGUCAAGGUAUAGGAGCUUGAGGACUUUAAACCUGGUAGGGAAUCACAUCUCGGUGAUAAACAAUCGAGCAUUUUACUACCAGACCAGCCUGAACAGUUUGGACCUUCAGCGGAACCAGUUGACAAGCCUACGAGCUGAUAUGUUUGAGGGACUGAGUAACCUGGAGACGCUUGAUCUGUACUACAAUGGCAUUAGGAGUUUGGAGGCAGGAACCUUCAGUCCAACUCCACAACUGCAAACCCUCAAUCUGUCUGCAAACAACCUCACAUCACUCCCACCAGGUCUCUUUGAUGGUCUGAAUCAACUACAGACAUUAAAUAUUUAUGAAAAUUACAUCAAAAUCAUCCCACCAAACAUUUUUAAGACUCUUCAGCGACUUCGUUACUUAAAUCUUUAUUCUAAUAAGAUCAGCAUCAUUCCAACUGAAGCGUUUGUAGGUCUACCCCAGAUUGAAGAACUGUACCUGAACUCAAACCGUAUAACCAACAUUCAAACUGGUACAGUCUCAAAUCUUCCCCAACUCAAGGUUCUACGACUGGACUAUAAUAAGCUCCACACUAUCAGCCCUGGUGCAUUCACUGGCCUGGCAAAGUUACAACAGCUUCGACUACAGAACAACCAACUAACAAGCGUUUCCUUCAUUGGACAGUAUGAUUUUCUAGAGCUCACCAUUCUGUACAUGAAUAACAACAACAUCACACACAUUCAAGAUCAUGCAUUCUCCAACCAACCUAAACUGUCAACUGUUCAUCUGCACAGGAACAAAAUUUCAUCUAUUUCAGCAGCAGCCUUCAGAGGGAUGGCUUACCUUGCUGCACUCCAUCUCCAUGAAAACUACCUGCAGCAGCUUCCUGACUAUCUGUUUCUUGGGUUGUCCAACCUGCGUGAUCUUAGGCUGAACAACAACGCCAUCUCUCACAUUUCCUCAAACACCUUCACUGGUGUAUCCAGCCUGCGUCUGUCACUGUCGGACAACCGUGUCAGAACUUUUCCGCAUGAAGCUUUGUCAAAGAUUUCCUCGAUUUCUGCUCUUUACCUUUGGAACAACCGACUGCAGUUUCUUCCCUUGUCUGCACACGCUAUGCUCUCAUCUAUCACGACUGUAAACAUUGCCCACAACCCCUGGCACUGUGACUGUAGGAUGGUUCCCUUCAGGCAAGCAAUGACUGGAUCACACUCGUUUGAUGACCAAAUCAUUUGUGAAGAACCCAGCGAUUUUCUCGGACAAAAACUCAAAGAUGUCAACCCCACAGAUUUGACCUGCAAGGGGCCAAGCAUUGUAAGGUUUGUGAGAGGUGACAAUAUACCAUUGGAACUGGGAGAGACUCUCAGUUUGGUGUGUGAAGCUUCAGGAACCCCCAAACCAGACAUCACAGUCAUUCUCCCAUCUGGACUGAACGCAACUGUUGAGUCAGUUGGGAGGGUGACUGUUGACACAAAUGGCACAGUAACCGUAACAGAUCUUACGACAGAAGAUGCCGACUCGUACACCUGUAUUGCAGCGAGUGCCGGUGGGACCACCUUUGCCGAACUGUCUGUUACAAUCACGGAGGAACCACCUCCUACAACUUACUCCCCGGGUGCUAUAGCUGGCUGCUUUUUCGGAACAUUACUUGGCACUAUCUUCAUUGGUGGCAUCGUUUUUACAAUCUGGUACAAGAAGCCCAAUAUUGUAGGAAUCAAUUAGCUGAAUGAAUGUGAAGCAAGGUUCAGACUCCAGAGGUAAUGAAUGUACAGUCACAAUCACUAAUUGUUAAGCUAAUAAUUACAGUCACUAAAAGUGUAAUAGGUUUCUCCGUCUUUCUGCAGUGCAGUUUCUUUAUUACUGAGGUGAUACAUUAUUUUGCCUUGAUAUGAAGCCAAGCCAAGAAUUUUCUAGACAUUAUGUAACAUUUAUCUUAUGCAUAAUUAUAGCAGAUACUUAAUAUUAAAGAGAUUUAGAAGUGUUG